AAAAUAAAACAUCAGCUGUAUAUUGAUAUUGAACUAUGAUUGUAAACAAGAGGUUUCUAGAAGCUUCUAGUAUAUUAUUUUAAAUAUAUAUAAAUGAAAAAUUGUCUUUACUAAUUGUAUCAGAUUUUGCCACUUCAAUAAAUGCAAUUGUUUAUUAAAACACAUUUUUCUGAACAAAAGAUCUAGUUAAAAAAAGAAAAAAUUUUACAAAAAAUGAAUAUCUAAAGCAGAUUUAUGCCGUUUUAAGAAUGAAUACAAUUCCGGAUGUUGAAAUCGCUGAGAAAACGAAUAAAGAAAAUUUUUAACAAUUAUGAUUACAAGAUUAAUUAGUUAUUAAUUAAAUGUGUGUAUAUGUGUUUGCAUAGAGUAGUGACUUUGAAGUGUGUAUGUUUGUUUUGUGUAAAUUGUUCUGGUGAGAUAAUAUGUUCCAAAUUUAAAAAACGGUACAAUUGCAUUAUUUCAAUUUGUUUAUGAAAUCUUAAACAUUGCGACAAUUUUUGCCCACGAAACGAUGAAAAGCACCAUGAAAACAUUCAAGGGAAUUAUUCGUUCUUGGCAGGUCUAAUUAACGAAAAAAAUUAACCAGAUUGUAUUCAAAAAAAAACAAAAAAUCAAACACUUACCAUUUACCAGGAAAUCUAAUAGUUGAUUCCAGAUUGCUCCUUUUCAACGGUUUUGAUGCACGUUGAACGGUACGAAUGAUAUUUGUAUAAGCAGGCAAAUGAUUAGCAAAGAAGUUGGCCAAUUCUUCGGCAAUGAUUUUAGUCGGGUCGUCCGGUCUAGCUUUUGCAGCUGACUUCAUGUUAUUGAUAAGUCGACGAGCACCGAUUAAAUCAAUAUCGACCGGGUGGUUGUGGUAGGAUUUUUCUUCGUAUCCUCCAUCUUCCCGUAAUAUUAGCCUGCCUGGACAAUUGUGAUGUUUUUGUAGGCACAACAACAAUAAGUAAAGCCAUUUUUACUUUUCUCUUGUUUGUAAAGGUAGCCAUUUAAUGAAAUCAUUUUUUUUCCUUUUUGACUAUCAAUAAUGUCAAAAAUCGAAAACGGUUCAUCGUUGAUUGCAGUACCAUAAUCGACAUCAGCACCAUCAGAAUCAUUGUAAACAAUUUUUAAAGUCGUCGUAUGUUAUAAGAUUUUCAAUUUUUUUUUUUGUCAUAUCUAAUGAGCUUAGACGACAAUGUCGAUAAAUGUGAAGACUGUAAAAUAUUUUGUUGAAAAAUUUUACGUGUCUUCCGGAAUAAACUUUGUAUAAAAUGGUAAUAGGAGCAGAUUAUUCUGACUCCUGGAAACUGACCAAUCAAUGAUCGAUGAAUGGGCUUUUCGAAGUCAACUGGGAUUCUUCUUUUUCACUGGCUUGACGGCACGACAAUUCAUUUUACGCUGUAGCAAAUCGAAAAUGAAUAAUGACAAAAGCAUAAUUAUCGAAAGUGACUCUCCAAUUUAUAACAAGAGAGCACCACAUUAAUUUGAUUGCUCACCAGUGGUGUCACCACCGGACUUUGACCAUUACAUUACAAUAUUUCUCAUCAUUUAUAUACGUGUCUACACGACACAUUCACAAACAUAGUUACACAUACACAUGUCAAGAGUGACCUACUACUACUACAAACGGAAAUCAUGCCACAAAAAAUUAAAGCACUUUAUACAGCGGUAAAGUAAAGGACAAAUCAGCAAACUGGCAAGAUCCAGCAUGGAAAAAACGUAGACAUGAGUUAUGUACGCGAAACAUUAUUGAAAAUUAUUGAACACUUCGAUUUUGUUAAGGUAUAGGGGUAAAUAAAAUUAGACCAUUAGAUGGCACCACGUGUUGAUUGUGUUGAGACACGUGUAUGUUUAUAUUUGUUUUUUUUAAGGAAUCAAAUUUUCAAUUCAAUCUGGUAGAAUGGCCGAAAAACGUAAACAACCCGAGUGGAAAAAACCGCAAACCAAAGAUGUAUUGAAACUAGAACUGUACAAUUCUUUAACCCGAGAUAAGAAUGAAUUUGUUCCAAUCAGUCAACAAAGACUCACCUGGUAUAAUUGUGGUCCAACUGUUUAUGAUUCAUCACAUAUGGGUCAUGCAAGAAGUUACAUCACAUUCGAUAUUAUCCGCCGAGUUCUACGAAAUUACUUUGGUUUCAAUGUGUUUUUUGUACAGAAUAUUACCGACAUUGAUGACAAAAUCAUUAGAAGAGCAAGACAAAAUCAUCUGUUUGACAAAUAUCUACAAGAAUUGAAACAAGGCUCAAAAGAAAACCAAAAUAUUUUAGCUGAUAUAAACAAUGCACUAGCCGAAACAAAAGCUAAAUUUGAGCAUGAAACCGAUCCGGAUAAGAGAGCAAUGUUGAGCAAAUUAAUUAACAACACUGAAUCAACGAUAAAAGAUUCAGCAAACAAUGUUGAAAAUAUGGUUCUUGGUGUCAAAGAUGUUCUUUCAAUUUGGUUAGAUCAAAAUUUUGGCCACGAAGUUUGUGAUCGAGAAAUUUUCAUUUCCUUGCCUAGAUUCUAUGAAAAUGAAUAUAAUCAAGAUAUGAACGCUUUAAAUAUCCUUCCACCAGAUUGUGUGACAAGAGUUUCAGAAUACGUUCCUGAAAUUGUAGAAUAUAUCCAAAAAAUUAUUGAAAAUGGUUAUGCUUAUGUAUCGAAUGGAUCUGUCUAUUUUGAUACGGAAAAAUUUGCCCAAACACCUCAUCAUUAUUAUGCUAAACUUGUGCCAGAAGCAUUUGGUGAUAGUAAAGCAUUGGCUGAAGGAGAAGGCGAUUUGACCGCCAUUAUAGAAGAGAAACGAAACGCCAAUGAUUUUGCCCUUUGGAAGAAUUCUAAACCCGGUGAACCAUGGUGGCCAUCACCUUGGGGCCAAGGACGUCCAGGAUGGCAUAUUGAAUGUUCAGUUAUGGCAUCCUCUAUAAUUGGUGAACAAAUGGACAUUCAUUCUGGUGGUAUUGAUCUUCGAUUUCCUCAUCACGAUAAUGAAAUGGCACAAUCCGAAGCCUAUUUUAACACUGGUCGACCAUGGGUUAAUUAUUUCUUACAUUCAGGACAUUUGACCAUAUCUGGAUGUAAAAUGUCUAAAUCAUUGAAAAAUUUCAUCACAAUUAAAGAAGCAUUGAAAAAGAUUUCCUCUCGACAAUUGCGUUUAGUAUUUUUGUUACAUUCAUGGAAAGAUACUCUUGAUUAUAGUGACAACACGAUGAAUGAUGCGAUUCAUUUUGAAAAAAAUCUUAAUGAAUUUUUUCUUACAGUUAAAGAUAUUCUCCGUCAGAACAGUAAAAUGGCAAUGGAAAAACGAUUUGUUAAAUGGAACAAUGAUGAGAGAAAUCUUUACGAAAAAUUCAUCGAACAUACCCGCCGAAUUGAUCAGGCCCUACAUGAUAAUAUUGACACGAAAAAAGCAUGUGAAGAGAUUCGUCGUUUGUUGAGUGUUUCGAAUAUUUACAUACAGAAUAAACAAAAUCAGUCAAAUCCAAUUUUGUUAUGUAUAAUCACUCAAUAUAUCACUCGGUUGAUGGACAUUUUCGGUUGUGUUAGUUUUUUCGAUGAACAACAGUUGAUUGGUUUUCCACAAGAAUCAAGUAACAACAUUGAAGGCAAAGAGAAGAUUAUUUUGCCAUUCAUCGAAUCGAUCGCUAAACUUCGAGAUGAAAUUCGAAAUAUUGCCCGUGAUUUGAAAAAUAAACAACUAUUCAUUCUUUGUGACCGAAUUAGAGAUGAUAUUUUUCCUGAAUUGGGUGUCCGUAUGGAAGAUUAUGAAACAUCUGAUGGUCAACAACAAUGGCGUUUAAAAUUGGUAGAUCGUGAAACAUUAAUGCAAGAACGAUUAAAACGUAUUGAAGAAGCAGAACAAGCCAAACGUUUGGCCACUGAAAUGAAACAGAAAAAAUUGGAACAAGCAAAAUCUGAACCGCCACCUAUUGAUCCACGGCAAAUGUUUCGUUUGGAAACGGAUAAAUAUUCCCAAUUCGAUGAUAAUGGAAUGCCUACUCAUGAUCAGGACGGACAAGAAUUGACUAAAAGUGCAUUGAAAAAGAUUGCCAAACGUUUUCAGGCACAAGAGAAAAAAUAUAAUGAUUAUCUUAAGAAAAUGGCUGAACAUAGCUGAAAAAUAGAACUGAAAUCAAAUUUUUUUUUUUAAUCUAUACAAUUUUAUAAUUUUUUUUCUUUAAAAUAAAAUUAAUUAAAAAAUU